UUUUUGAGUAAACGGGUUUAACAUUUAGUCAUACAAUAUGUGUUGACAUGUUCUUCACACAAAACUACAGAGAAAAGGAUUUAAUGUAGUGAUAAUAUCGUUACCGAUGUUUGAAGUAGCCAGUGUAGCUAGGUGCUUGUUAACGAGGACUGAGCUAGCACUAGUUAGCUCACUGUGCGAUCACUGAUAAGUUUCGGUUUCCUCGGUAAGUUUCCGUGGGAUUACCAUUCCUGUCGGGUGAUGAGUUGUGAGGUUGCUGGUGGUAGCCACGGACUUCCUGUAAUUGCUGACACCAACGUACCAGCUGUAUUUCAGGAAUUCAGCGGAGUUUGAUGCUGGAGCUUUAUGAAGAACCGCAGCAUGUUUCCCCGCAGCGCUGCACCGAGGGGGCAGGCAGCCUACCGUAACGGCCUGUACCCGCCACCCCCUGUGCCCCGGAGCUACGACUACAACCACCAAAGCUCGGCUGGUGUCAACAGCUUCUAUGUUCCUGAACUAGACAGGUUGCCUAGAUAUGAAUGGACGCCCAGACCACUAUCUCCAGUCCCUCAUCUCGUCCCUGCUCCCCACACACCAACUAUGACCAAUGGGCGCAAGAGGCAGAAUGAUGAAUACAGCCCCUAUGUUGUGAAGCGCCAACGUCUUGACUCCCCAUCUCGCCCAUCUAUAGGCUCCCCUUUACCUCGGGCUCCUGCCCCUCGUCGUCGUGACCAGGCGGUGGCAGGGUUGUCAAGAUCAUCCGUUGGUUUUGAAAGCCGUUUUCCCAGCCCACCUGCUCGUAUCCACCCUCAGGUGACUGGGCGGCCAACACCUGCCCAACACCUUGACUCUUCAUCCUACCCAUCAAUAAGCUCCCCUUUACCUCGGGCUCCUGCCCCAAGUCGUCCUGACCAGGCGGUAGCAGGGUCAUCAAGAUCAUCCUUUGGUUUUGAUAGCCGUUAUCCCAGCCCACCCGCCCGUAUCCACCCUCAGGUGUCCGCUGUCCCAGAAAGCUCCAAAAGUCUGCAGGCCUACGCUCAAGACAAGUUAAGUGAACAGAUGGUGGAGCUGUUUGAGGCGUGCCAGCAGCAAGCUUCUGAUCUGCUCCGGAAGGAGAUGUGCAGAGUUCAGCUUCAGAGCGACAUACAGAGUGUCUUUGCAGUGGCACGACUUUACUUGACUGGAUCUUCAAUGAAUGGGUUGGGCUGCCGAAGCAGUGACGCUGAUCUGUGUCUGGUCCUCGAUGGAAAUAAAAGACCUGAAGCUAUUCAUGCACUCUCUGUCCUCCAAAGGUUGUUCAAGUUGUUCAAGUCACUGCCAUAUGUGGAGAGAACUCAGCUGAUCAGAGCCAAAGUGCCGAUCCUCAGGUUCAGAGAGAAAGGCAGUGAACUGGAGUUUGAUCUGAAUGUCAACAACACAGUGGGCAUCAGAAACACAUUCCUUCUGAGGAGUUAUGCCUAUGCUGAUCUCAGGGUAAGACCCAUGAUCCUUGUCAUCAAGAAAUGGGCACGGCACAAUCAAAUCAAUGAUGCCAGCAAAGGAACGUUAAGCAGCUACGCACUCGUGCUGAUGGUGCUGCACUACCUCCAGACUCUGAAGGAACCUGUCCUCCCCUCUCUACAGAGGGACUACCCAGACUGUUUUUAUCCCCUCUUGGACAUCAAUGUGGUUCCAGAAGGACCCAAACACAUCCCCCCCUACAACUCCAAAAACCAGUCCUCUCUGGGAGAGCUCCUCCUGGGCUUUCUCAAAUACUAUGCCACAGACUUCAGGUGGGAUAAGCAGGUGAUCUCUGUUCGAGAGGCCAAAGCUUUGCCCAAGACCAAUAUUCUAGCGUGGAGAAACAAAUACAUAUGUGUGGAAGAGCCGUUUGAAAGAAAUAACGUCGCCAGAGCAGUCCACGAGAAGAUCAAGUUUGACUCCAUUAAAGCCGAGUUCGCUGAGGCAUGGCGGAUACUACGGGACAGGAAGGACCUGAACUCGAUCCUCCCAGUCAGAGCCAUCAUUAACAAGGAGUUGUCCGGGAGAUAAGGAGUUCCUCUAAUUAGACGAGCAGACGGGAGUCUUCUACCUCAAGACAGGCCUGUCCUCGGAAACAAAGAGCGACGUUUGGGAUAAGCUGAGAGAGGAGCCGUGCUGACUCUGCACCUCGCAGCCAGAAAGACUCUCGGACUGUGGCAGCAUACAUAUAUAAUAAAAAUACUGCACUCACUUUCACACGCUUUGCAGGUGCUGCCAAAUUAAAAGUGAUGAUAAAAGUACAAUAUUUACGGAGCGACACCAGAGGGCUCUGAAAUCGUGACAGAGAGAGACGCUGCACUGAAGCAGGAUAAUAACGGUCAGUGUUAUUAGAGAUGAUUAUUGCUGCUACACGCCCUCUUUCCCCAAUGCACAUAGCGUAACUGAUAAAAGACAAGAAAAAGACAAAAUAAUACACGCACCCAGCUCACAUCUGAAGCAAGCUUAAAUGGAAGCAGCCUUGUUUAGGUUCGACUGGUCUCAACCAAGUCCCUCUGAUCUCAGUUUUAGUUAUAUCCACAUUGCUAGAGCCAUACUGCACAGAGUCAGCUUUGAGGAUCAUGCCAAUAAUUUGCUUGUGCCACAUAUACAGUAUGUACAGUCCGUUGUCUUCAGCCUGUCUGGACCAACUUGUUACAUCAAAGCCUUUUUUUCUAUUUUUCUAGGUCAGUGGUGACGCGACUGUGACUUUAAACACCAUAGACUUUUUUUUUCUACAGCUGCAUUUAAUGCUCUCUUAUUUUUCAUCAGCACCGUCUUUAAGUUUCUGAGCUCCUCUGAAAACCGAGCUUGUCAUUAUGUGAUGUACAAGUCACAAAGAUGUUAACUGGAGGGCCGUGAAGAGGCCAUCUUAUCACUGCUCCUGAUGUGUUGUAUUGUUUUCUCUAGAGUGCUGCCUAUGUGGAAUCAUUUUAGUUCAGUAUCUACUUGAUUUAUCUGGUCAAAAACUGAUGUUAUUCACUCCUUUAUUGUUCACUUCAUGCCCACAUUAUUUAAAGUAUUUACACUUAAGUGUGACUUAGUUUUCUUGUUAGGUUGAUAUUUUCCUCAGCUCUUGUACAUUUUGUACAUUACUGACUUUACAAUGUUUAUUUAAAAAAAUAAAUCUCUGAAGAUGUA